AUGCAUGGAGGUCGCCUGAUAAUGACGCAAUCGAUGAAUAGUUUCCACCUUGGAGGACUCCCUUCUGCAUUCAACCUAGCCCCACGAGGUCUCACUCCACUGUCGAGUGGGCGAGCUCAACAGGCCAUAUCAACGACCCCGAAGGCUGACGAAUCUGUACCGGCCCUAUCUACAUCAAUGAUGGUGAUGCAGCAAUCGGUAGAUCGCUUAUUCACUAGUGGACAGGCUAAAAUUGCGCCGUCCGCCGUAGAGUUACCUGACAUCGGGAUAACCACCUCUGGCCUUGGAAUGACGGGCUCUCGAAUAAUGCAAUCAAUAGCUGAAGAAGGACAAGGGAUCAAUCACGAGAUGAGGUCUUCACCGAAUAGUUCGAUGCAAAGCUCUAUUCAUCAACAAGGUGACAUCAGUUUUUAG